GCCCAGCUUGGAAGGGGGCGUGGCGAGUGCUGACGCCACGGGCGGGCCACUGUGAAGGAGGGGCGGGGUUAAGAGCCAAAGCCACGCCCCCGCUCGGUCCCGAGGAGGCCACGUGACGCCCUCUCGCCCCCGCGUCAGCUGACCUCUCAGCCGAAGCUGUGGUGGCAGCAGCGGCGGCGGCGCGAUGGACUUCUUAUUGGGCAACCCUUUCAGCAGUCCUGUGGGGCAGCGCAUCGAGAAAGCUACCGAUGGCGCCCUGCAGAGUGAAGACUGGGCUCUCAACAUGGAGAUCUGUGACAUCAUUAAUGAGACAGAAGAAGGGCCAAAAGAUGCCUUCCGAGCCAUAAAGAAAAGGAUUUCGGGGAACAAGAACUUCCAUGAGGUGAUGCUGGCUUUAACAGUUCUUGAAACAUGUGUCAAAAACUGUGGCCACCGCUUCCAUGUUCUGGUCGCUACCCAGGAUUUUGUAGAGGGUGUGUUAGUGCGAAUUAUCCUCCCCAAGAACAAUCCUCCCACCAUUGUGCAUGACAAAGUGCUGACUCUUAUACAGUCUUGGGCUGAUGCCUUCCGUAGUACACCAGACCUGACAGGAGUUGUAGCUGUUUAUGAGGACCUGAGAAGAAAAGGUUUAGAGUUUCCCAUGACUGACCUGGAUAUGCUGUCCCCCAUCCAUACACCACAGAGGACUGUCUAUACCCCAGAAUCCUCGUCAGACGUGAAUUUACCAGCAGCAGAUUCUCCUCAAGUAAUAGAGUCCAUCCUGCAUCCUGUGUCCCUUCCAGGAACUCCAGGAGUUGCCCCUGAUGCCCCCAUCACACCUACACCAGAUCAGAUUGGGAAACUACGCAGUGAGCUAGAAGUAGUGAGUGGAAAUAUGAAAGUGAUGUCUGAAAUGCUAACUGAGCUCGUGCCAGGAAAAGCUGAACCCUCUGAUUUUGAGCUGCUCCAGGAACUGAACCGGACGUGUAAAGCAAUGCAGCAGCGUGUGCUGGAACUGAUUCCCCGCAUCCUCAAUGAACAGCUAACAGAGGAGCUGCUCAUUGUCAAUGACAAUCUCAACAACAUUUUUAUACGUCAUGAACGGUUUGAACGACUUCAUACCGGACAGCCAGCAAAAGAAAACACUGCAGAAAAUGCCAGCAAUUUAAUUGACAUGGGACCUAGUGCUACAACAGCAGAAAAAGAGCCAGAAGCCACCAACACACUCUCAUCUCAGCUUGCAGGAAUGAAUCUGGGUUCUGGUAGUGUCAGUGCUGGUCUGCAGACUCUUAACAAUGCUGGCAAAUUAGAGGAAGAAUUUGACAUGUUUGCACUAACUCGUGGCAGCUCCUUAGCUGAGCAGCGCAAAGAAGUGAAGUAUGAAGACCCUCUAGCCACAAAAGGACUAGCUGGAGCCUUGGGUGCCAGGCAGCAGAAUACAGGAGCGCUGGAGCCAGGUUCAUCCACCGAUGAAGCCCCCAUUUCAAACUGGAUGAUGCGCCAAGGAAUGAUUCCUGUCUCCCAGGCUACUCACAUGGAGGAUAUUGAACAGUGGCUCUCCACUGAUGUGGGAGAUGAGGCAGUGGAUCCAAAGGGUGUCACCAGUGAAGAGUUUGACAAGUUCCUGGAAGAGCGAGCAAAAGUGGCUGACCGGCUACCCACAGUUCCCAGUCCCUCCACUGGGGUUCCUCCACCUUCCACCAGCUCUGGACCUCACCGGAAGAAGGACAAGGAAGAUGAUGCCAUGUUUGCUUUAUGAGCCCUAUUGAGGACUGGUGUGCUGUGGUUGCAAGAGGACCUGUGUGCUGCACUACACUCCCCCUUCUUCGGUGGGAGCAGGAGAACCAGGAGGGGAGUGGAUAGGAGAAGGGACCCUUCCCUUCUUUCUUACUUCCUGCCUCCUUUUCUAGGCUGCUUUGGGGUUAGAUUAAUCAUUACUGCAUUGGGGGGGACAUGAGAGAAAUGAGUCCUGGGAAGGGGUUGCAAAGCUGCCAAAUGUGUUGCCAGAUGAGUUGAUGAAUUUGGUGUUUCUCUUGUGUGGUUUAAGCAAACCAAAUGUGUUCUCCAUUAUUCCAUUUUUCCUUUCCCAAUGAAAAGACUGUAAAAGCCAUGUUGAAAAUUGGGAGUGGGAUUUGUAGUUUCUUACCAGUCUCACAAGUGACUGCACUUGAAUUUUAAACACUGUGUGUCCUCCUUACCGCAGACAGGAAUCUGGAUAGUUUACAGUGGCAAGAGGGUGCUCUUGGAAGUGGGGCAGCAGCAUCCAUCUGGCCACUCUUACAUCUCUUCCUUGUUGUGUAAGCACUCCUUUGAAACUCCUGCCUGUUGGCCAUGCAAGUAGACAGUUCAGGUACCAGUCUUCUGGAGCAUUGAGGAAAGGGGUGUUAAGCAGAACUUAAUCUUUCCAAGGCUGGCUUCUUCCUAUUCUUCAGAGCUGAAAUAUCCCAAAGACAAGAUUCUCUCUUUGAAAACAAUUCAUAGCUUUCAUUGAUCAUGACUUCUCUGUCCUCACCAUAGUCUUUGCCCUUAAUGUUCUUUCUGGUCAUUUCUCCUUUACCAUGGGGGCUGAAUUCUUUGUUGUAUUAUCAUCAAAGAAUACCUGUGGAAGUGGCAUUUCCUGUGUUAAAGAUUAGCAGGCGCGGAAAUGGUUGGAGUGAAGUGAUUAAUUAUGCCAUGUAACUGGAAGACCUGCCUUUUAUAUUCCAUAUUAAAAACAACAACAAAAAAUCUUUGACUUCAAAA